UUUUUUUUUUUUUUUCCGCGAAGUAACUUUUGCGUUCCCUCCUCCCCCGAGUCCUGGGGACCAGAGGCGGUGCCGAGCCUGGGGGCGGUUCCUUGGCAGCGUAGAUUCUUGUCAGAGCCAGACUUUUGCUCCUGGGCUCGGUUUGCAUCAUCCCCAUCACACCCUCUGGAGAGAGGAGCCAGCCCCCUUUCAGCCUCAGCUUCCGGCACGGAGCCGACCCCUCCCCCUCCCGAGCCCCUUCGCGGUCCCUCUGUGGCCCCCCACAUCUUGUUAGUCCUCUCCCUCUACUCCGCAGAAUUUUCUUUCUCUCUCCCUCCUCUUCUCCAUUCGUCGUUUUAUGUUUCCCACUCUUUGAGGAAGGAUGGUUGAUUUGGAGAGCGAAGUGCCCCCUCUGCCUCCUAGGUACAGGUUUCGGGAUUUGCUGCUAGGGGACCAGGGAUGGCAAAACGACGACAGGGUACAAGUUGAAUUCUAUAUGAAUGAAAACACAUUUAAAGAGAGGCUAAAGUUAUUUUUUAUCAAAAACCAGAGAUCAAGUCUAAGAAUUCGUCUAUUCAAUUUUUCUCUCAAAUUAUUAAGCUGCUUAUUAUACAUAAUCCGAGUGCUACUAGAAAACCCUUCACAAGGAAAUGAAUGGUCUCAUAUCUUUUGGGUGAACAGAAGUCUACCUUUAUGGGGCUUACAGGUUUCAGUGGCAUUGAUAAGUCUGUUUGAAACAAUACUACUUGGUUAUCUCAGUUAUAAGGGAAACAUCUGGGAACAGAUUUUACGAAUACCCUUCAUCUUGGAAAUAAUUAAUGCGGUUCCCUUCAUUAUCUCAAUCUUCUGGCCUUCCUUAAGGAAUCUAUUUGUCCCUGUCUUUCUAAACUGUUGGCUUGCCAAACAUGCCUUGGAAAAUAUGAUUAAUGAUCUGCACAGAGCCAUUCAGCGUACACAGUCUGCAAUGUUUAAUCAAGUUUUGAUUUUAAUAUCUACAUUACUAUGCCUUAUCUUCACCUGCAUUUGUGGAAUCCAACAUCUGGAACGAAUAGGAAAGAAGCUGAAUCUCUUUGACUCCCUUUACUUCUGCAUUGUGACAUUUUCUACUGUGGGCUUUGGGGAUGUCACCCCUGAAACAUGGUCCUCCAAGCUUUUUGUCGUUGCCAUGAUCUGUGUUGCGCUUGUGGUUCUACCCAUACAGUUUGAACAGCUGGCCUAUUUGUGGAUGGAGAGACAAAAAUCAGGUGGAAACUAUAGUCGACAUAGAGCUCAAACUGAGAAGCAUGUUGUUCUGUGUGUCAGUUCACUGAAGAUUGAUUUACUUAUGGACUUUUUAAAUGAAUUCUAUGCUCACCCAAGACUUCAGGAUUAUUAUGUGGUGAUUUUGUGUCCUACUGAAAUGGAUGUGCAAGUUCGAAGGGUACUGCAGAUUCCAAUGUGGUCACAAAGAGUUAUCUAUCUUCAAGGCUCAGCCCUUAAAGAUCAGGAUCUGUUGAGAGCAAAGAUGGAUGAUGCUGAGGCCUGUUUUAUUCUGAGCAGCCGUUGUGAAGUGGAUAGGACAUCAUCUGACCACCAAACAAUUUUGAGAGCAUGGGCUGUAAAAGAUUUUGCUCCAAAUUGUCCUUUGUAUGUCCAGAUAUUAAAGCCUGAAAAUAAAUUCCAUAUCAAAUUUGCUGAUCACGUUGUUUGUGAAGAAGAGUUUAAAUACGCCAUGUUAGCUUUAAACUGUAUAUGCCCGGCAACAUCUACACUUAUUACACUACUGGUUCAUACCUCUAGAGGGCAAGAAGGCCAGCAAUCCCCAGAGCAAUGGCAGAAGAUAUAUGGUAGAUGCUCUGGCAAUGAAGUAUACCACAUUGUUUUGGAAGAAAGUACAUUUUUUGCUGAAUAUGAAGGGAAGAGUUUUACAUAUGCGUCUUUUCAUGCACACAAAAAGUUUGGUGUCUGCUUGAUUGGUGUUCGGAGGGAGGAUAAUAAAAACAUUUUGCUGAAUCCAGGUCCUCGAUAUAUUAUGAAUGCUACAGAUAUAUGUUUUUAUAUUAAUAUUACCAAAGAAGAGAAUUCAGCAUUUAAAAACCAAGACCAACAGAAAAAAAGCAAUGUACCAAGGUCAUUUUAUCAUGGACCUUCUCGAUUACCUGUACAUAGCAUAAUUGCCAGCAUGGGUACUGUGGCUAUAGACUUGCAAGACACAAGCUGUAGAUCAACAAGCGGCCCCACCCUGUCUCUUCCUACAGAGGGAAGCAAAGAAAUCAGAAGACCUAGCAUUGCUCCUGUUUUAGAGGUUGCAGAUACGUCAUCAAUUCAAACAUGUGAUCUUCUAAGUGAUCAAUCAGAAGAUGAAACUACAGCAGAUGAAGAAACUUCCUCAAACUUAGAAUAUGCUAAAGGUUAUCCACCUUACUCUCCAUAUAUAGGAAGUUCACCCACUUUUUGUCAUCUCCUUCAUGAAAAAGUGCCAUUUUGCUGCUUAAGACUAGACAAGAGUUGCCAGCAUAACUACUAUGAGGACGCAAAAGCCUAUGGAUUCAAAAAUAAGCUAAUUAUAGUUGCAGCUGAAACAGCUGGAAAUGGAUUGUAUAAUUUUAUUGUUCCUCUCAGGGCAUAUUAUAGACCAAAGAAAGAACUUAAUCCCAUAGUACUGCUAUUGGACAAUCCGCCAGAUAUGCAUUUUCUGGAUGCAAUCUGUUGGUUUCCAAUGGUUUACUACAUGGUGGGCUCUAUUGACAACCUAGAUGAUUUACUCAGGUGUGGAGUGACUUUUGCUGCCAACAUGGUGGUUGUGGACAAAGAGAGUACCAUGAGUGCAGAGGAAGACUACAUGGCCGACGCCAAAACAAUUGUAAAUGUGCAGACCCUUUUCAGGUUGUUUUCCAGUCUCAGUAUUAUCACAGAACUUACCCACCCAGCCAACAUGAGAUUCAUGCAAUUCAGAGCCAAAGACUGUUACUCUCUUGCUCUUUCAAAACUGGAAAAGAAAGAACGAGAGAAAGGUUCUAAUUUGGCCUUUAUGUUUCGACUGCCUUUUGCUGCUGGGAGGGUGUUUAGCAUCAGUAUGUUGGACACUCUUCUCUAUCAGUCAUUUGUAAAGGAUUAUAUGAUUUCUAUCACCAGACUUCUGUUGGGAUUGGACACUACUCCAGGAUCAGGGUUUCUUUGUUCUAUGAAAAUCACUGAGGAUGACCUGUGGAUCAGAACUUAUGCCAGACUUUACCAGAAGCUGUGCUCUUCUACUGGAGAUGUUCCUAUUGGGAUCUACAGGACUGAGUCUCAGAAACUUACUACAUCUGAGUCUCAGAUAUCCAUCAGCGUAGAAGAGUGGGAAGACACCAAAGACUCCAAAGAUCAAAGUCAUCACCGAAGCAACCACCGCAACUCAACCUCCAGUGACCAGUCAGACCAUCCCUUACUACGGAGAAAGAGCAUGCAGUGGGCCCGAAGACUGAGCAGAAAAGGUCCAAAACACUCUGGUAAAACAGCUGAGAAAAUAACCCAGCAGCGACUGAACCUCUACAGGAGGUCAGAAAGACAAGAGCUUGCUGAACUUGUGAAAAAUAGAAUGAAACACUUGGGUCUUUCUACAGUGGGAUAUGAUGAAAUGAAUGAUCAUCAAAGUACCCUCUCCUACAUCCUGAUUAACCCGUCUCCAGAUACCAGACUGGAGCUGAAUGAUGUUGUAUACUUAAUCCGACCAGAUCCACUGGCAUACCUUCCAAACAGUGAACCCAGUCGAAAAAACAGCAUCUGCAAUGCCAUGGGUCAAGACUCUCGGGAGGAAACUCAGCUUUGA